AUGACUAGAACUAACAAAUGGACUGUACACGAAAAGAGACCUCAAGAACCAAAGUGGUUUACACAUAAUGGCCACUCCGAUACCGAUCCAACGAAAGUGAAGAAGAAUGGUGCUGGUAAGAACAAUUGGGGUCAACCAGGUGAUGAGUUAGAUGACGAUGAGGUUCGUCAUUACCAAAAAUCUACAGGUAGAAGAAACUCAAACCACGAAAUGAAUAAGGAGAGAUUAAACAACUUAAACGACAAAUUAGAUAAUCAAUUGAUGAAUUAG